CUCAGGAGUGAACGGCCAGGUUACCUACAGUCUGGACCAGUAUCAAAACUCUGUAGAUGUCCUGGGGAUGUUUGCUGUGGAUGAAGAGUCAGGGUGGGUCACAGCCCUGAAGGAGCUGGACCGGGAGCAGCAGGACCAGUACUCAGUAGCAGUACUGGCUACAGACAGAGGGCAUGACGGGAGGCUGAAUACUGCUGCCACAGUGGAGGUGACGGUGGUAGACGUCAAUGACAAUCCUAUGCACUUCACGGCAGAGGUGUUCAGGGCCAGCGUCAGUGAGGACAUCCCCGUUCCUAGCAGGGCCAUAACAGUCCUGAGGACCACCGACAGAGACUCUGAAGACCUCAACAAGCCAAUCUGCUGUUUCAUCACAGGAGGUGAUCCACGGGCUCAGUUUGACCUGGAGCACUCUCAGGGGGAGUGGAGGGUGGUGGUGAGGAGAGCUCUGGACAGGGAGGAGAGGGACAGUUACCUCCUGAACGUCACUGCUUCCGAUGGAACGUCUGUGACCACAGCCACUGUGGAGAUCAGUGUCCUCGAUGCAAACGACAACAGUCCAGUCUGUGAGAGGGCUCUCUAUGCCCAGACAGUCCCUGAGAACGCUCCUGGAGGGAGGCUGGUCCUGCAAGUCUCUGCCAUUGAUGCAGACAUCCAAUCCAACGCUCAGAUCUCAUACACUCUCUCUGGAGAUGGGGCUGAUUACUUUAGCAUUGAAUCAGACACAGGCCGGCUGAGAACCCUGUUGCCGUUGGACCGUGAGGAGAGGGAUGUGUACAGUCUACUGGUACAAGCGGAUGACGGAGGACAGCGUUACUGCCAGGCUAAUGUGGUGAUAACAGUGGGAGAUGUCAACGAUAACGCUCCUAAGUUCACAGCUGACCCCUACCCAGUCACGGUCUUUGAGAACACUGAGAUAAACACGUAUGUGGCACAGCUACAGGCCACUGAUCUGGAUGCAGGAAACAACAGCAGGAUCCUGUAUUCCUUUGAGGACUCAGCCGAUGGCCGGUUCUCCGUCCAGCAGCAUUCAGGGCUGGUCCGUGUGGAGCGACCCCUGGUGAGAACCCAGGCUGGGUACACGCUGCGUGUCCGAGCCACAGACCAGGGCUCACCCAGAAGACUGUCCUCUGUCUGCUCCGUGCUGGUCUCUGUGCUCAGCUUCAACGACAGACCCCCGGCCUUCCAAAACAGGGACUAUGGCGUCACGGUGUCAGAGGACGUCACCUUGGGGACCCAGGUGGUCAGGGUGUUUGCGGCUAGCGGAGACCCCAAGGCCACCGCUGACAUCACCUACUCCAUCGUCAACGGCAACGAGCAUGGGAUGUUCAGCAUGAACUCACACACCGGUGACAUAUUUGUGACCAAGGCUCUGGAUUAUGAAGCGACCCAUGAGCACUAUUUGACAGUACAGGCCUCGGACAAAGGCAGGACGAGCCAAGGUGACAUUGCCACGGUAACCAUCUACUUGACAGAUGUCAAUGACAACUCGCCUGUCUUCAGCCAAGAGGUGUACUCUGCUGUGAUCAGUGAAGAUACCGACAUGGGCCUGACCAUGUUGACGGUGAUGGCUGAUGACAUUGAUGGUCCCUCCAACAAUCACAUCCACUUUUCAAUCAUCAAGGGCAACCAAGCCGGGCCCUUCACCAUAGACACGGUCAGCGGUGAGGUGAAGGUUGUUUGCCCGUUAGACCGAGAAAAGGUGCCUGCGUACACUCUGACGGUACUGGCAUCAGACAGUGGGAGUCCAUCCAGAUCCAGCAGUGCCCUGGUCAACAUUGACGUGUCGGAUGUGAAUGAUAAUGCGCCUGUGUUUUCUGAGGCUGACUACAGCCUUGUCAUCCAGGAUAGUGUCCCAGUAGGGAGCAGUGUUCUCAAGCUGACUGUAACAGAUAGGGAUGCCUCCCACAACGGCCCCCCAUUCUCCUUCACUAUCCUUGGGGGAGAUGAGGGAGGCUCCUUCCUAAUAGACCCCCAGGGAACCCUCAGGACCACCACACUGCUGGACCGCACAGUAAAGGACCACUACAUACUACAUGCUCAGGUGCUAGACAGUGGCAGACCACCAAUCCUGGCCUCCACAGUGAUCAAUAUCAGGGUGAUCCAAGAGAGCCUCCACCCCCCUGCUAUCCUCCCCCUGGAGGUACUCAUCUCCACCCCAGGAGAGGCCUAUCCGGGUGGGGUGCUGGGUCAGAUCCGAGCCACUGACCAGGACCUCUAUGACUCUCUGACCUACAACCUCCAGCCCAAUUUAGCCAAUACACUACUGUUCUCCCUGUCCCCCUCAGAUGGCCGUCUGGUGACCCGGCCGGGUCACGUCCUCAAGCUGGGCCAUUACCUGCUCAACGUCACUGUUACUGACGGACGCUUCACCACGGCAACCAGUGUCAGUGUGCACGUCCACCAGGUGACCAAGCGCAUGCUGGAGAGCUCCGUGGCCGUCCGUCUGGCUGGGGUGGGCCCCGAGGAGUUCGUAGGGGAGCACUGGAGGGGCUUCCUGAGGGCACUGCGCCUGGUGGCAGGGAUCAAGAGGAGUGAUGUCCAGCUGGUCAGUCUGCAGCCCUGUGAGCCCCCUGGUAGCCUGGAUGUCCUGCUGGCUCUGGAGCGGUCACCUCCCGGUAGCCCCCUGACCACUACCAAGGACGGGAUCCUCCUUCGUAAGCUCAAUGCCUCUGUGGGUGCAAUCCAGGAGGUUACAGGCCUCCGCGUGGUCAGGGUGUUCAGGAAGCUAUGUGCAGGCUUGGAUUGUCCUGCCAUGCUCUGUAGUGAGGUGGUCACCCUGGACCAGAACUUCCUGACCACCUACAGCACGGCUAGACUCAGCCUCAUCACCCCGCCACAUCACAGAUCUGCUGUGUGCCUCUGUAAAGGUGGUGAGUGUCCUGUGUUGAAGCUCUGUGAGGGGAAGCCCUGUCCUGAGGGAUGUGUGUCCAACCAAAGAGAGGGACCAUACAGCUGUAUCUGUCCACCUGACCAACAGGGAGACUGCUCAGGAGGUCAGUCUCUACGGUUCAGUGGGAAGGGUUACAUCAGGUACCGUCUGAUGGAGAACCGCUAUAGAGAGAAGAUGAAACUGUCUCUCAGACUGAGAACCUUGUCCCACCAUGCCACUCUCCUGUUUGCCAGAGGAACAGACUACUGCAUUCUAGAGAUAGUGGACGGAAGGCUGCAGUGCCAGUUUGACUGUGGCAGUGGCCCAGGCAUCGUCUCUAUCCACAGUGCCCAGGUCAGUGAUGGUCAGUGGCACACCGUAUCCCUUGAGGUAAACGGCAACCACGCCAUGCUGGUUCUGGAUCAGCUCUACACGGCCUCGGGCACGGCACCAGGCACACUCCGCUCCCUCAACCUGGACGGAAGCCUGUUCCUGGGUGGUGUUUCUGAAUCCGACCAGCAGAGGACAGCAAAGACAGCCUCACAGCAUUUGCCAGUGUCUCACAGUCGUGAUCUUCAGGGUUGUAUUGAGGCAGUCAGGUUUAAUGGCUAUGAUCUGAACCUGGACACUGAGGCCCAGGCCCAUGUUUUAGUAGAGGAGGUGGUGGGGGUGGAACCAGGCUGUGGGGCCCUCCCUGCUCCAGACUGCUCCUCUCAGCCCUGUAUGAAUGGAGGAACCUGCUCCACUCUGCCUCAUGGAGGUUACUUCUGUAAAUGCAGUGACUUGUUCAUGGGGUCUCACUGUGAGGUGGCAGCUAGCCCCUGUUCCUCCAACCCCUGUCUAUAUGGAGGAACCUGUGUGCUGGACAACCAGGACUUUUACUGCCAGUGUAGAGGACAGUACUCAGGACCACGGUACAUAGAGCAGUUACCCAUUAUGAACUGAA